AGUUGCGGCGGGGGGUGAAGAAAGCCACCCGGCCCAACAUGCAUUGCGGUUCCAAGAUGGCGGCGCCCAGUGAGCCUAGAGAAAACCCGGCUUCUGGCCCGUCUGCCGGCCCCGGCCCUUUCCCUUUCCCCCUGCCCGGGCCGCCCGGCGCCGGGGCGGAGCAGCAGCCCCGGAAGAAGCCGUGCCGGGCCUGCACGGAUUUCAGGAGCUGGAUCCGGGAGCAACGGAAGCAGACGGCCUCGCCGAGCGGGGAAGCAUAUGUUGAAGAGGAGAAGGAGAAGCCUCCAGAUUGUCCUCUGGACAGAGAAGAACUUGGGAGAAACACAUGGUCUUUCCUUCACACUAUGGCAGCAUAUUACCCAGAUCACCCAAGCAAUUCCCAGCAGCAAGAUAUGACACAGUUCAUUAACUUAUUUUCCAAGUUUUUCCCUUGUGAUGAAUGUGCAGAAGAUCUGAGGGAAAGAUUACGCACAAAUCAGCCUGAUGCCAGAAGCAGGAAUAAUUUAUCCCAGUGGCUAUGCCUGCUUCAUAAUGACAUCAACAGGAAGUUGGGGAAGUCUGAAUUCGACUGCUCCCGGGUGGAUGAACGCUGGCGAGAUGGUUGGAAAGAUGGUUCCUGUGAUUAAUCUGUAGAGACUCGACAGGAAAUCAGACCAAUUCUAGUAUAAUAAGAAUCAUCCCUGAUGUGAACUCAGUACAAGGAGCCGCAGCUCAAUAGUUUGUACGUGUGGCUGCCAUGACUUGUGGAAAUAAAUGUGUCUCCUGCUCUAAAA